AUGGCGGAGUUGGAAAUACUCAUUUGCUCUCAUUUAAAUGCAUUCAUUUCACAAUCGCUGUCCAGAUUAACAAAGAUGAAUACUGUUGAUCCCAUCUUUGAUUCCCCUUACAUUAUACAGCUGGAAAUGACAUUACAUAUUCUAUCAAGUGUUUACAAAGACAAUCUAUCUCUGUUAAUAUAUAUUCUUGCUACUGUGAAAGAUAUCAUAAGGAAUGCCAUGGAUUAUCAAUAUCGACAUCUAUUUUUUGCUUGCUCUUUUCCAAUAUUUACAAUGUAUUUCUUUUCUGUAGAUAAUUAUUCUAUUCAAACAGUAUCAAGCAGACCAGUAGAAGCAAUAAUGGAUAUUCAAUAA